AUGCCCCCAGGGCAAUCCCAAGUCGAGCCAAUCGAGACAACAACAAAAUCCUCCAAGGAGCUGCGCGAGAAUGUAGACGGCCCCAAGCGUUCUCGCUUCACCCCUCAGCCAGUCGAGACUACUGCACGGACAAACCGUCGGUUCCCCGUUGAACCGAUCGAGACGAUCACACGGUCUUCUAAAGACACACCGGAAACCGACGAGGAAGGUCCGAAACGUGCUGCAAAGUUCACCCCAGAAGUAGUGGAGAGUUCACACAAAAUCAACCGUCGUUUUGCGCCUGAGCCGGUCGAGACAACGACCAGGUCGUCCAAGGAUCAGCCGUCUGCCCAGGAGAAGGACUCCAAGCCACCGCGUAGAUUUGCACCCGAACCUUUAGAGACAUCGACAAAGACAAACCGGCGUUUUGCCCCGCAGCCCAUAGAACAUUCGGAGAAGAAAAGCCGCAAAAAUUCUGUAGAUGAGUCGGAGAACCUUACAUCGAAACCACGGCGGAAGUUCGCCGUUGAACCUGUAGAAACCACCACCAAGACGAACCGGCGGUUCGCGCCAGAGCCUGUCGAGACCUCGGUGCGAAGCAGUCGAAAGAAGUUUGCGGAUGAGUGGGACAGCGAGACUGCAAAACCAAGGAGAAAGUUCGCACCCGAACCUGUAGAAACAUCGACGAAGACAAACCGUAGUAGCCGGAAGAAGUUUGCGGAGGAAUGGGCAACAGGCAUCAAAAAGCAAGAGAAGACGCCACGUAAAUUUGCUCCUCAGCUCAUAGAAACAGCGGCACGGUCACGUCGUGUCCCUGAAGAACGCCCUUCCCUAAAGCGACUUGACAAACUGAAGACAGUUCCUCAGCAUGAUAUCCCUGGCCCUCCAAACAACACACCAGCAUUUGACUUUUCACAAAAUCCCCUUUUCGCUGAGAUCCAGCGCGCAACAUCACCUCUCAAUCGAAGGAAAACGCCGAGGUGCCGACCGUCUCAUCACUGCUUCCAAAUUCCGGACCUUGCUCCUAUAGAGUCUUCUGAGUCUGAAGGCGAGACGCCGUCACCUAUCAUCUCUCCCUACACCUGCCGAGCCUAUUGUUACGAAAAACACUAUUACAGAGAGCCAACGCGAAUGCGGGAAAGCCUCGACGAACAAACCUCCGGGUAUUUGCUCGAACUGGCUGCCAAGGCCGCCGAAAAGCAACUGCGCGAACAAGAGAUGGCAGCGUUUCCGAACGGUAACUACCAUGAGCACGUGGAUCACUUUGUCGAUGCAGACGAUGAGUCAACAGGUUCAUCAGAAGGUAGCACAACCUUCAAUGAAGUGAACUGGGACCUGAAGGCAAUGCGUCAGUACAGAGAGGAACAAGAAAAUCAGGAACCAACUUCAGGCAUCAGCCCGAAAUCUCACUUCAAGACAAGUCCGUGGGCCAAUCCGGCGGCUGGCAUCAAAACUGACAAGGACAUCAUCGGGCACCAGAAGGACAAGGAGAUCGAGCGAAUGAGGAGAGAGGCUCGACCUCCUAUGCUCGGCAAGGAUAUCAAGUAUCCGCGAUGCGAGUCCCCUGAACCAGCACGUUUCGAUACCACACAAGGCUGCGACGCUGUCCGGAUCGCCAUGUGCUACCUUUCAGAGCAAACACAACAAGCUGAGAAGUCCGAGAAAGGCGAAAGCCUCUGGUGCGGCCAAGGCAACGGUAAGAACCUUACCCGCGUAUCGUCCCUCUGGUCGACGGCCAGCAGCAACCACGACAAGAAGGAGAAGGAAGGUCUCUGGGCGGGUUGCUGCGUCAAGGACGAAGCUCCCAAAGGCCCAACCGGCAUCCUCACUCCGCGCAUCGAAACCGCCGACCUCCUCUCGCCGUGCCCAACUCCAUCCCGUGGCUCUCUCCUCCCUCCCACGCCCCCGGCGUCAAAUGCAGACUUUGCCUGCAUCGACGAGAAACUCACCUUUGCGCUCUCCAUCGACGAAGACUUCGGCGACGACUUCGUCACCCAAGUCUACAACUACCUCUCACUCGGCUACCCCUCUAUGGCUCAGCCCUUCGACGAUGAGCUCUCCCGCAUCUCUAACAUUCCCGUGUCCGAUCUCCGGCAAGACGACCAUCUCGCUGAGUCAAAAGGAUAUAUCCGUCUGGGUGCAGAUGGAAAUCUCACAGACGCGGAGAUAACUGAAGAGAGCUGCAUGCGGUGGCGCGCGCUGAGAGUGUAUAUUCGUGAAUGGGCGAAGCAGCAUCCGAAUAUGGCAGGAGAUGGGCUCGGAGGCGCGGGGAUUGCAGCUAGGAAGGGCAGCUGGGCUGUCUGA